AUGAUGCAAUCCGUCCACACCUGGCCGCCUUUCCUCGUCUCGCCUCUCGCUCACGCUGAAGCCCACGACGUUUGGUCGUCGCUGUUACGGGCUUUUAUCGAACCACCCAUCCCGUUCACCCCCCCAGACGAUCGCGACUACCCCGGCGGUUUGAGCAUACAUAUGGCCCACCGUCAAGGUCGGGGGCCCAGAUGCGGAGGAUCGAACGGGGUGGCAUGUGGUGCACUGAACCCACGCGCUCUUGGCUGUCUCCCCCCUCACGAGCUCCAGACUGUCCAAGACCGUCUUGGCUCUGGACCAAGAGGCCCAUUGGCAUUGGCGCCGCCCCAGCACCAUCUGCUGGAGCACUGUGAGCAGUUAGCAGCGAGAGAGCGCGUUGGCGAGAGUGAGCAGGGAAUCACGUUGCUCAACCCCUCUUGGAAAUCUCUCGGCGUCUUGGCCCCAUCAGCCUGGGCGCUCUCCAGUUGGCCUUGGAUUACAUCAAGUCUCGGCGCCAAUGGACUUAUUGGCGGAGCCAAGACCACAGCCAUCUUUCCCAAUUUUAUCACCCCUCCCUCCUUUCAUUCAUAUUAUCCAAAUCCAUCGGCAGUGCGAUCAUGGGCGAUGCUCGGGCGCACUGCGGCAGGGGGAAGGGGGGAUCGGAAUGCUGAUGCAAUGCUGAUGCUUCAGGUACCGACUUACUGGCCGACUGAUCUCGAGACGCGAUCACAGCACAGCGAGCGCAGUGCAAUUUUCCCGGAAACAUUCGAGGACGUAUUGUAA